GCCCCUCCCCCCUGCACUCCUCCAAUCCGUCCCUGUGUCCCACUAAAGCGAUUUCAGCGCAUGCAGGGACUCGUCCCUACGGCCACGGAUGGCAACAUGGCGACAGAGUUCCACAACCUGCAGGAGUUGAGGCACAGUGCAUCUCUGGCCAACAAAGUCUUCAUCCAGAGAGACUAUAGCGAGGGAACCACCUGCAAGUUCCAGACCAAGUUCCCCUCUGAGCUGGAGAGCAGGAUUGAGCGGACACUGUUUGAGGACACUGUGAAGACACUGAAUAACUACUACGCAGAGGCAGAAAAGAUUGGAGGCCAGUCCUAUCUGGAGGGUUGUCUGGCCUGUGCUACAGCAUAUCUUAUCUUCCUCUGCAUGGAGACACGCUAUGAGAAGGUAUUGAAGAAGAUAGCCAAGUACAUUCAGGAGCAGAAUGAGAAGAUCUAUGCUCCCAGAGGUCUGCUCAUCACAGAUCCCAUAGAGAGGGGAAUGCGUGUUAUAGAGAUUUCCAUCUAUGAAGACCGGGGCUCCAGUGGCUCCAGCUCAGGCAGCAGCUCUGUGUCCGGCAGCACCGCUCGAUGACUGGGUGCCUCCUAAAAACCAUGUCCCCCUGAUCACUGACAACCCCAGAGGAGAACUUAGGACAGCGAUACCACUCCUGUCCCAACACUUAGCGCCAUACAUCCCUAAGCUACGCUCACACAAAGGAUUCACUAUCUUUACCUAAGAAAGGCAUGUUGCUCCUGACCUGCCAUCACUUACUUAAGUUGUUUAAGCUUUUUCUUCACAGUGAGUGCUUAAAACAUGCACUGCAACAGUAGUUAGUGUGCUUGCACUGAUACAGUAAUGUAGGAUGGAAAGUCUAAGUGAAAAGAAAAAAAAAAUCAUCUUGCUAGUAAUACUUUGUGUGAUCGUACCAUUACUUUGCCUCCUGUCCUCUUUGAAGUUCCCACAGCUAUGUGUCAUCUGGUGGGUGAGAAAAGGAUGGAAGGAAGUGAGAGGAAGUGUUGAAAUAUGAGUGAACACCACAAGCCUCAUACCUCAGCCACCACAGUUGCACCACGUGGUCCAGAUCAGCCAACGCUGCAAACCAACCACAAAACUGGACUUAACGCUUCACCAUGUAUCUGUAGCUCUGGUUUUCCAGAUUUUAGGAAAUGUAAGAAGGAUGUACCAAUUAUUUGAGCAGGGCAUCACAAGGCUUCACCCACCCAGAGCCCAGAUAUAUUGUACAUAAACCUUCUUCCUCCUUCACCUCUGCUGUAAAUCAUGCUGUCUGGUAGACGCUGAAUGUCAUUCAGCCAUGUAUAUAAUGUAGCAGAUCUUCCACAUUGCUCACGUGAAGCCUGCAUUUUAUUCGAUACACACGAACACGGACACAUGCACAAGUCUUAGUACUAACCUCUUGGUUUCACUGAGCGAGACCAACUCUUCCUAAAUUUGGAUGAUUAUGCAAAGACAUACGGUGCAUUGAAUGCAUCAGUAAGUAGAAAAAGGAUGGGUUAAAAAAAAAAAAAAAAGUCUUCCUGAAUCAUACCUGUUGUGUUUUGAAAUACAUCAACCCUUCCUUGAUUUCUGAACGAACUUCCAAAGAACAAUUACUGCCGAAAAACUGGCUUACAAAUGUGAAUGUGUCUUUUCCUUUGGUGACAUUUUGUGCAAGAACAAACUUUCGUACUGCUGGUUGUUUGAUACACAUAGCAACAAGGUGUAUAUGACUGGUGUCAAAUAAAUACUGUUUCAUCACAGCUAUACAGAA